UGAAAGAAAGAGAGUCAUUGGGUUUCAAUUGUUCACAUUGGAUUGCAUAGCAACACAAAUCCAAAAAUAUUGGACAAUAUAAUAAUAUCUCAUUAACUCCUCCUUUCUCCUCAUCACAUAUUCACAUCAAAGAGCAACCACCACACCACACAGCACUUCCCUUCUCCUCCUCCACCAUGUCAUUGCCACCGCCGUCGCUGGUAACGGCGGCGACUCCGACGGAGCUUCCGAUCCGGCAGAUUCCGGGAAGCUACGGGUUCCCGUUGCUGGGCCCCAUCUCGGAUCGGCUUGACUACUUCUGGUUCCAGAAGCCAGAGAGCUUCUUCAGAAAGCGAGUGGAGAAAUACAAGAGCACUGUGUUCCGCACCAAUGUUCCUCCCUCCUUCCCCUUCUUCGUUAACGUUAAUCCCAACGUAAUCGCGGUUCUCGACGUGAAAUCAUUCUCCCACCUCUUCGACAUGGACCUCGUCGACAAGAAGGAUGUUCUUGUCGGAGACUUUGUCCCCAGCGUCGCCUUCACCGGAAACAUGAGAGUCGGCGUUUACCAGGACACUACCGAACCUCAACAUUCCAAGGUGAAGAACUACAUCAUGGAUAUUCUGAAAAGAAGCUCAGGCAUAUGGGUAUCAGAACUAGAAUCAAACCUAGACACACUGUGGGACAACAUCGAAGCAUCACUCUCGAAAUCCUCAUCAGUUUCGUACCUUUUCCCGUUACAACAGUUUCUCUUCACGUUCCUCUGCAAAGUCCUUGCCGGUGCAGACCCUGCACGUGACCCUAAAAUCGCAGAGUCAGGCUAUUCCAUGCUUAAUAGUUGGCUCGCUCUUCAGCUGCUCCCCACAGUCAGCGUGGGCAUCCUUCAACCCCUGGAAGAAAUCUUCCUCCACUCCUUUGCCUACCCUUUCUUCCUCGUCGGUGGAAACUACAACAACCUCUACAACUUCAUCAAGCAACAAGGCAAGGACACUAUAAACCGGGGCGCAAUCGGGUUCGGGUUAACCGAAGAAGAAGCCAUCCACAAUUUGCUCUUCGUGCUGGGCUUCAACUCCUACGGCGGAUUCUCCAUUUUUCUCCCCUCUCUGAUCGAUGCCAUAGCCAGCAACUCCGCAUUGCAGGAGAAGCUUAAAAAAGAAGCGAGAGAAAAGGGCGGGUCAACGCUGACCUUCGACUCGGUCAAAGAGAUGGACCUGAUCCAAUCCGUGGUCUACGAAACGCUGCGCAUGAACCCUCCGGUUCCACUCCAGUACGGUCGAGCCCGAAAGGACUUCCGGUUGAGUUCGCACGACUCGGUCUUCCACGUCAAGAAGGGCGAGUUGCUGUGCGGCUUUCAGAAGCUCGUCAUGAGGGACUCCGUUAUAUUCGACGAACCGGACCGGUUCAAGCCGGACCGGUUCACCCAAGAGAAAGGGGCCCAGUUGUUGAACUACUUGUAUUGGUCCAAUGGGCCUCAGACCGGGUCGCCCAGUGUGUCCAAUAAACAGUGCGCGGGUAAGGACGUUGUCACACUCACCGCGGCUUUGAUUGUGGCGUACCUUUUUCGCAGGUAUGAUUCCAUCCAAGGGGAUGGCAGUUCCAUCACUGCCCUUCAAAAGACCAAGUGAAAGAAGGGUAAAUGUGUAUUUUCAUUGUGGAGCUUGUAUUUUAUCUAAGGUAUAUUAUUUACUUGAGAAUGAUGAUCUAUUUAUAUAGAAGAGGCAGGUUUAUGCAACUCUUUCAUAAACUACAAUCUUCAAUUGUAACUAACAGAUGACUGAUACAUUUUGUAAUCGUAUGCGCACUUCUUUUUUUUUUUUCAA